GUGGGCGGGGCUAGUCCAACUCCUCGUCCAACAGGUUCACAGACAGACAGACUUACGACACGGACCUACAAAUACUUACAAUGAAACAUACGGAGAGACAUUUAAGAGACAACCGAACAAUAUUCAAGACUUAACUUAUUGAAAGAUAUUUGAAAACUCGGAAAGAUGACAACAGAAGCACCGGUUCCGAAGCCAAGAACUCGCUACAAUCGAGAUGGACUGAGUCCUGGAAGUCAAUAUCUAUUAGAUCAGCCUGCUGCCAACAGCGAGCAGAAUGACACAGCUCUACAGAAUGCUUUCUCCGAUGCAACCCCAGAUAUGGAGGCUUUGUCUCAGCUUGCGAUGGCAGCGGCCUUAGGCCCCUCCCCCAAGUCCCCCCCCGUCCGGACAGGAAGUAGUGAGUUCCUGUCUCAGGAGGAGCUUCAAGAUGGAGAAUUUAGCCCCUCCCCCUAUGUCACUGUGUUGGCAAGGGGGUGGAGCCAAGAGGAACCAGAGACUGAUUCGUCAAAUGAGGACGAAGGCCCCGUCGCUCCUCCCGCCCUCCCUGGUGCCGAGGAGCCAAUGGAAGAAGGGCUUGAGAAACCUCCAGCCGCCAGUCAACAGUCCAGCGGCAACAUCCCAUCACCUGAUAACAUUUUGGCUCCUUGUCGACCCCCCCCCGCCCCCUCCAAGACCACCACAGUCAAUCAAGAAACAGAAGACUCCUAGGGUUGCUACCAUCAGAGUCUCCAGGAAGAAGAAGAAAGGUCCGCCGAGUGAGAAGCGGACCUCUGAGGUCAAGAUGUCCAGCUGGCUGGACCUCUGGAAGGGCUUCAGACACAGUGUUGUCUGGGCCUUGCUGGAUGGACCGCUGAUGUCUUUCUGGAAGAGACGCACAGAUAAGGCCACUGAGGCGGUGUUCCACGUCAGCAGCGUCACCAGGGUGAAGCGUCAGGAGAAGGGCCGGUUUUCCGUCUACUUUGGGAAGAAACACCUCGACUUCAUGGCCCACAGCUCUGUUGUACAGGAAGGAUGGAUUUCUGCACUGCAGUCUUCACGAGGACAGCCUAGCCCCUCCCCCCCGCAACACCACGGGCCAAUCACAAUCAAGGAUCCCAGAAACCGCGUCUACGCCUCUGUGUUCAGCCGGGUCCUCUGGGUGUACCACAACAAGGAGGACUACCAGGUAGGCCUGGCGUGGUUCUCAGUUCCGCUCAACGUGGCUAACGUCAAACCUGCCGGCAAACGAAGUUUCAGCCUGAUUACGCCCUACAAAACAUUCAGUUUUGCUGUUGACUCGACAGCAGACCUGUCUAUCUGGCAGAGCUGCCUGUCUGCGUCAAUCCGCAGCGCCAUGAGCUGCAGCCAGGUGGCGCAGCGGCUGUGGGAGAACCCAGUCAACAAGGUGUGUGGGGACUGUGGCGACGCCAACCCUGAGUGGGCCUCCGUCAACCUGCUGCUGCUGCUGUGUGAAGCCUGCGCCGGCCAGCACAGAGCUCUGGGAACGUCUCUGUCUAAAGUACGAAGCUUGACGCUGGACAGCAAAGUAUGGUCUGAACAAUUGAUACAGCUGUUUGUUUCCUAUGGUAACCGGGUAGCCAUGCAGACCUGGAGUCCCGCCGUUCCCGCGGACGAGCAGCUCCUACCUGCAGCCUCAGUUGAAGAAAGGCUAGAGUUCAUCAGGAACAAGUACGCCAAGGGACGCUACAGGAAGCCCCACCCCCUGGCCUCCUCUCCUGCUCUCCUUCACCAGCGGUUGUGUGAGGUGGUGUGUGGAGAGGACAUUGAGGAAACGAUGUCUCUGCUCUGUUCCGGUGCUAAGUUGACCUGUCAAUCAGAACCCCAGAGCCAAUCCCCGCUCACCCUGGCUGAGAGGGCGGGACAAACACUGCAAGUCAUGCUGCUCCAACUCAAUGAAUACACAGACAUUCCACCUUUCCUGCCCCUGUCAACCAAUGACAGCUCCCUUCCAGGGGAGGAGGAGGCCCUCCAUGGUAAACUGGAGGACGACCGGUUCCUGUUCUCGCUGGAGAACGACUCGGCAGCGUGUGACGUUCUGGACCUGAGGGAGGUCCGCAGUAUCCUGCUACGAUCCAGCCUGGAGUUCGAGAUUGUGACCCUUUCUGAUCGGCUCAUUUGUGCUUCAGACAACCAGCUGGAACUGGAUACACACCUGCUACACAUCCUACAGGUCAUCCUUCCAGUGGGCGUGUCUGAGGCGGAGCUGGGCGGGGUCCUAGCUGGGAGCAAGGUUUGUCUCCUGGAUGGGGCUGGGUGCAUUGAAGGAUGGGCCAUUCUCAAUGCUGUUGGAGUUUCCAUUUACCCCAGUUUGGUCCAAGAUGACCAACGUCUCUCAAUCAGAAUGCCACUGGACUCCAAGACAAUCUAUGAACUCAAUGCAGCUGAAAAAAGCAUCAACCUCCAGACAGGAAAAAGGAACGUUCAUCUGAGAUUUGAAGAUGACUACAGCGGCGAGGCGUGGUUGGUCCAUCUGAAAGAUGUCCUGGCCAAUCAGGAAACAGCGCCUCAACGACCUGUAGCCAAUCAGAACAAGUCUCUGUACCACAAGUUGAAGCUUGGUGGAAAAGUUCCACCGGCUGUUGAGCGAUGCAUCUCCCACAUCACCCAGCACGGUCUUCAAGUGGACGGGAUAUACCGCCGCUGUGGCCUCGCCCCCAAAGUGUCUCGAUUGGUGGAAGCCCUGCAGAGCCGUCCAGACUCCGCCCCCAUGGAGGAUGAUGAGCAGGGCAUUCUGGACGUUGGCUCCGCCCUCAAAAAAUAUGUCCGCCUGCAGCCGCCGCUGUUACCGCCCAAACAGAGGGAACUCUGGGUAAAGGCGGCAGCCCAACCCGAGGAGCUAGCCAGGUUGGCAAGCUACCGACGGUUGCUACGACAACUGCCUUCGGAUAACAAAGCCACGCUCGGCGCCCUCGUUGGACACUUCUACAUGAUCCAGAUGUUCAGCUCUCAGAACCAGAUGACGGCUCAGAAUCUGGCUCUGGUUCUGGUCCCAACGCUGUUCCAGGAUCACCAUGGAGACCUGGUCCGCCUGACCCGAGACCUCAUCAUCCACCACGCUCUGCUGUUCCUGAGUCCUGAGGAGGAGGAGGAAGAGGAGCAGAUCACAGCACUUUAAAUCAAUCAGCCUAUGAGAGGAUGAGGAAGAGAUGACCAGCCAAUCAGGUGCUGACCAAUGAAAGUGGUUACAUGGAGUUUUGAAUUCUGUGACAAUUAUCCUGGGUAUUAUCCACGUAUAGGGUUUCGUGAAAAUAUACAUCAUGAAUAAUAAAUGUACAAAAUGUUUACACAACUGCCAGUUUAAUUCCUGUAACUGUUGAAAGAUGGGCCUUGGCUUAGUUUAAUUUUCAUAUAACACCAAGCUCCCACAACAAGACUUUCGAGGACAAAGACGACUCCCAGAAUAAUUCUCCAGGCCCACAUGAUGUGGGGUGGUGGUUAUUUCUGUCCUGAACCAGUCUGGACCUCAGCGGAGCCCAGCAUCUCUUCAAAAGGCUCAGAGGAUGUCUCGAGUCCUGGCAGAAUGAGGGCAUAUACUCAUAUACAAUACUUAUACACUUAUACUCAUAUGCACUCGAGCAUAAAGAUCUUUAGAAAAGCAUUUUUUUUGGUUGAACACCAAAAAUGUAUGUGCAUCAGACAUAUGUUGUACUUGGAAUAUUUUUCUGAUCAGAUUCGAUCCAUAAAACUGAAUACAAUUUUAGCUGAUGCUUUGCUCAAAACAAAACUGUAUUGUUAAUGACAAUGGACAAUAAAUGAUUUUCGCCAAAAUG